CAGCAGAGUAAGGAAACUACUCUCUGUGCCUCGGGUUGGACAGAGUAGCAUACACUGCGUGAGUGCUGCUACUGCUUACAUGUAGACUAGAUAGCCUUAUGUGCAUAUGGAGAUGAGUUAGCUGUACUUCCAGGUAACUGCAGUGUGUGUUUAAGUUCCAUAUCUGUGCGCACACGCCCGGCAUGGCAGUGCAAGGUGUUUUCCACUCGAUGCAAGUCUACGUGGUCCUGCUGCUGUGCUUUUCUGAAGCCUUGUCCGCUGCAACAGAAUCAAGCAGAACUUACUAUGAUACUCUCGAUGUUGAGCCAACAGCAACUGACAUCCAGGUGAAGAAGGCUUUCCGCAAACUGGCUGUAAAAUAUCACCCAGAUAAGAACAAGAGCACCGAUGCAGAGAAGACUUUCAGAGAGAUGGCUGAAGCCUACACGGUGCUCUCCAACAAUGAGAAGAGGAGGCUGUAUGACAGUGUGGGCCACGAGGCUUUCCUAAAAAAGGAGGCCUCUGUUGACCCUGAGGAUGAACAUGAGACAAGCUUCCACUUUGAUUUUGAAGGCCAUGACUUCCAUGACUUCCAUGACUUCCAUGACUUCCAUGACUUCCAUGACUUCCAUGACUUCCAUGACUUCGAUGAUAGUCCCUUUGUGGAGGAGUCAAACUUCCACUGGAGCUUUCAUCAGGAAGGGGAGGAAGAGGAUGAUCCAUAUGAACAUUACAGUUUUGAAGGGCCUGGCUUCAGCUUUUAUUUUGGGGAUGGGGAUGGGGAUGAAGAUGACCUCUACUACUAGUAUCCAGUAUCUUUUGUCCUGUAUGCUGUAUUUAAAUGUGUUGUCUCCAUAUUAAAUUGUUUUGUCAGUA